AUGCCAACAACAAGAGCAAAGGCCAAGAAGGGACGAGCAGCAGCGGCUCAAAGGGUGCCAAAACAGGAGGAUCCUAAGGAGGAGGAGUUGAGUAGAUCCCGACGAGACAGCUACACAUCAAGUGAAGGAAGCUCAGUCGCCCGACCUGUGUUAGGAUCUUCACAGCUGGGAUCACCAGCAGGGAGUGUACGGAGCAUUGGCAGCAGACGAAUCAACCCUACCCGAACGAACGCAGCAGGACUUUCACACGAGUUGCAGGUUCAGCUAGCAAGUGACGUGGAGAGAUCUGGAGGCAUUGUUGCUGUCUGCGAGAGAAAGAACGGAAUUCUAGCUCUUUGCCGUGCAAAUACCGACGCCUACGGUGAAAACAAUCAGAAAAAGCGCCGACAACAAGUGCGCAACCGAAUCAAAUAUUGGGAGAAACUUCACAAGGCAGGGACAGGGUAUAUCGAUCUUUUGGAUACUUGGCAAGUUUAUAUUUCUGAGCCAACACGACGAUAUCAUUUGGAAGGAGAGCGAAAGCCGGCAGCACAAGCUCGAGUUCCAGACACUAUCCAAGUUUCCCGAGACGACACGAGCUCCAUCGGCACAGCAGAAACCACAUCGAUUGAUUUCACUCCUUCUAGUGAUCCGAUCAGUUCUGGCUUCGAGAUUCCCACUGCACCACUGUCUUUUCAAGCUUUUGCAGCAACGAGUAUUUUUGAGCCCAUUAGCACCAUGUCGGGAAUUCGAGGAACGUACCGUUCAGGUGAGCCGCAUGGUGGCGGUGAAGCUGGCGGUCUCACGCAGAUCAUUCCAGUCAACACUAAGUAUUUGGAGCGAACACCAGAUCCAAUCAAAGUGAUGAAAGUUCGUGGCCUCCAAGGUGUUGAAAAGAAUGACCUCUAUGAUGGAUACGUCAUUAACCUUCGUUUGAUUGACAUCCGUGAUCUCCUUGGCCAUGGAGAGGACAAGCCCAAUCCAGAUCAUUUCCAAGCCAAGCUUAUUUCGAUGGGAGGGCCAGGUUCUGGUGCGAAGAUUUCUAUUGCAGUUCCUGCUCUUGAUUGGCACUUUUCCGGAAAGGAUGACGAUAAAGUCAAGGAGGUGUUGCAUGGAGAUCAAAAUAGUGGCAUUCGCGACAAGUUGGACACCGUCUAUCAUGAGUUCACCAAUGACCCGAUUCGCAAGAGCAACCAAAAGCAUCUCAUUCUUGAGUUUCCACCGGGACUUUCUCUUUGUUCUGAUGUUUUGUUGUGCAACAAAGACACGGCUGAUCCCAAAACUGAUUUGGACCUCGAAGUGCUGCCUGUUUUCACUGACUGUAGUGGUCUCGAAGCUCCACCGGAUAAGUGGGAACAGGGAACUGACACUAACGGGAAUACAAUCUCUAUUCUCACCCGAACCGUGUUGAAGUUCCCUGCCUUUCGAUUGCAGUGGCGUGUUGCGAUCAAAGCGGAGGCCAUCAAGAGAGGACGCGGGGAAAAGAAGAAACAGACGCAAACUGCUGGUCAGGCCGCAUUUUUGAAAUCGAUGCAGAAUAUGACGACUGGUUAG